CAACGAGAAGAAAGCCUCUGGAGAUAUCGAACAAAUUUCGCGUCAUCUUCUACGCGACCGGACCAGACCAGCGUCCUCCUUAUAACAUUUCCUAUUAUUAAAAUUAAAAAUUAAAAAUUAAAAAACCUCCGCUGCUCAUCAUCACUCUCCCUAUUUCCUUAUAUCUUUCAUUCCUCAGUAUCUGUUUCAGAUUUGUUAUUCCUUUUUAUUUUCUGGGUAAUCUUUUUAAUAAGAACAAUGCAAGCCACUCAAGCAGUGAGCAAUGGAGCUGCAGAAGCUCCUCCUGCUCAGGCUGGUCCCGAAAAUGUGAAGGAAGAAGCUACAGACCCUGGACCCGCUGGGAGGCGCCCAGACAUAUCACUUCAAAUACCCCCAAGGCCUGCGGCUUUUGGCAGUAGCCGCAGCGGAAAGGGUUUACUCCAGUCUCAAGGCUCCUCUAAGGGUAGCUCACUAUCAGGUGGCCUCUUCCGGGGUUUAAGCUUCAAGAAAAAAGCUACUCUACCAGAUGGUGAGAAAAGCUUCCUCCUUAGUACAGACCCCAGUAAAGCUCCUGAAAGUCCUACAAUAGCCAAUUUUGCAUCAGCUCUUCCUUGGGCAAGAUGUACCUCACUUCCUGUUACGCCGGCGUCAAAUUUGUCCCCCGCUGUUUCUACACCUAUCUCUGCGAGGAUGUAUAAUGAAGUGCACAAGCCACAUAAAGAAACUGUUCAGGCUACAGUUUCAAGGUCCCUGUCUGUGCCUGGACGAAAUAUUGUCAUUGUAAGAUCCGUAUCUUUUGCUACUCGAAAUGAGCAGACCCAAACAGAUCCUAGUAAUGAUCAAAUAACUCCAGUUCCAGUGGAGGAGACCAAUGAUGAAGAAAUUCCAGAAGAAGAAGCAGUGUGCAGGAUAUGUCUUGAUGUAUGUGAAGAACAAAAUACACUCAAAAUGGAAUGCUUUUGCAAAGGUGCUCUCAGACUUGUGCAUGAAGAGUGUGCCAUUAAGUGGUUUAGCACAAAAGGAAACAAGAAAUGUGAUGUAUGUGGGAAAGAGGUUCAGAAUUUACCUGUAACCUUACUUCGGGUGCAGAGCUCUGUUCAAAGGGGUAUCAGACAGGAGCACAAUCAACAGAGCUUGCGUCCAGAAACGAUAAGUGCCUGGCAGGACUUUGUGGUACUGGUCUUAAUUAGCACAAUAUGCUAUUUCUUCUUCCUAGAGCAGCUACUGAUUGGUGACUUGAAAACUCAAGCGAUUGUUAUUGCAGCACCAUUUGCAUUUACAUUGGGCCUCUUGGCAUCCAUAUUUUCCAUCAUCCUUGCAAUCAAGGAGUAUAUAUGGACAUAUGCAGCUCUUGAGUUUGCACUUGUGGCCAUUCUCGUCCAUUUGCUCUACUCUGUACUUCAUCUGAUGGCUAUUUACUCAAUAUUGAUUGCUUCGGUAUUGGGUUUUGGUAUAGCCAUGAGCCUCAACUCAUUGUAUAUGCACUAUUUCACCUGGAGAGUUCAAGUUGCACAAAAUCAAAACUCCAGCCCAGUAUGACUGAAUCCUGGUACAAACAAGGAAUCGCUUGCAUUGUGUUCGCCAAUUGUUAACAAAUUAGUGUACAUCCAUUACUCAGGCCAAAUUUAACUGCUUCCUGCCAAAUUUAACUAAUAGUAUACAGGGCUUUGUAUUAUAUAAAGAUGAAGCCUGUAAGAUCCAAGUUUUUUGGCCAAUUGCUUUUGCUGUUUUUAUUUAUUUAUUUUAAUUCUGAGCAUAAGUGCA